AUGGAAAAAGGACCAGCCCGUAGCUUUAUUUGGCUGAUUUUACGUUUCAAUUUGCUUCUCAGAGUCGCCGGAAACUUGGAAGGUGAUGCUUUGACUGAACUGAGAAAGAGUUUAUUUGCUGAUCCUAAUAAUGUACUUCAAAACUGGGAUUCAACUCUUGCUACUCCAUUCUUUUGGGAAAUCUUCUUACUGCUUGAUGUUUUGCUCAACGCUCUUGGGAAUGCAAAUCUAUCUGGACAACUUGUACCACAGCUUGGUCAGCUUCCAAACUUGCAGUACUUGGAGGUUUUUAGCAAUAACAUUAUUGGAGCAAUACCUGAGGAGCUUGGAAACUUGAGGGAACUGUUGAGCUUAGAUCUUUCCUUCAACAACAUAAGCGGUCCAAUCCCUUCAUCGCUUGGCAAACUACAGAAACUCCGGUUCUUGCAUCUUAAUAACAACAACUUAUCUGGAGAAAUUCCAAUGUCUUUGACUGCUGUGUCGUCGCUGCAAGUACUGGAUCUCUCAAACAAUCAGCUCACUGGAGAUGUUCCUGUUAAUGGUUCCUUCUCGCUGUUCACUCCUACAAGUUUUGACAACAAUAAUAAUAAUAUAGUUCCUGAAUUUCCGCCUGCUCCUAUCUCUUCUACUACGCCACUAUCACCUUCAGGAAGACCAAUGACUGCAGCAAUAGCAGGGGGAGUCGCUGCAGGUGCAGCGGUUCUAUUUGCUGUUCCAGCCAUUGCGCUUGCUUGGUGGCUGACAAGACGACAAGACCACUUUUUCGAUGUACCUGCUGAAGAAGACCCAGAGAUUCACUUAGGACAACCCAGAAGGUUCUCCUUGGGUGAACUAUUAGUUGCUACAGAUAACUUUAGCACCAAAAAUGUGUUGGGUAGAGGUGGUUUUGGUAAAGUGUACAAAGGACGUUUAGCCGAUGGCUCUCUAGUAGCUGUGAAGAGGCUAAAAGAAGAACGUACCGAAGGUGGGGAACUGCAGUUCCAAACCGAGGUUGAGAUGAUCAGUGUGACCGUUCAUAGAAACUUGCUUCCGCUUCGUGGUUUUUGCGUGACUCCAACUGAAAGAUUGCUUGUUUAUCCAUACAUGGCUAAUGGAAGUGUUGCUUCUUGUUUAAAAGAGCGUCCUCAAGGCAAUCCAGCACUUGAUUGGCCAACUAGAAAGCAUAUUGCUUUGGGAUCAGCAAGGGGGCUUGCAUAUCUACAUGAUCAUGGCGAGCAGAGAAUCAUUCACAGGGACGUGAAAGCUGCAAAUAUAUUGCUAGAUGAAGAGUUUGAAGCUGUUGUUGGAGAUUUUGGGCUUGCAAAGUUCAUGAAUCGUAAGAACUCUCAUGUGACAACUGCUGUACGAGGUACGAUUGGCCAUAUAGCCCCUGAGUAUCUUUCGACAGGGAAGUAUUCUGAGAAAACUGAUGUUUUUGGGUACGGGGUCUUGCUUCUCGAGCUCAUCACUGGACAGAAGGCUUUUGAUCUUGCACGACUAGCAAAUGAUGAUGAUAUCAUGUUACUGGAUUGGGUGAAAAAGGUUUUGAAAGAGAAGAAGUUGGAAAGUCUUGUGGAUGCAGAGCUUGAAGGAAACUAUGUGGAUACAGAAGUGGAGCAGCUGAUCCAAAUGGCUCUGCUAUGCACUCGGAGUUCUUCGUUGCAACGUCCUAAGAUGUAUGAAGUGGUGAGAAUGCUGGAAGGAGAUGGUUUAGCUGAGAAAUGGGAAGAGUGGCAAAAGGAGGAGAAGCUGUUGAGACAUGAUUAUAACUAUCCUCAAGCUGUCACUAACUGGUUCAUACCAGAAUCCAAUACUCACAUCGAAAACGAUUACCUCUCUGGUCCAAGAUAA